UGUUAUCCAAGAACACAACUUUUGAAACCUGUCAACUUGUAAUAUACAUUGAUUAACAAAAUAGCAUGUAUUAGAAACAUAUUUGUCUUGAGCCAUAUCAAAUCACACACACAUCAUUUAUAUUUGAGAAAAAUCUAUAAUACAUCAGAAGGUCUAAAUUCUGCCAAUGGGCGGUUCCCAUUUCCUCCAGCGUCAACCGGUCAGAGUGUGUCCCAAACACUGCGUGGUGUUGUCCGCCCUGGGGACUGAGGCCAGGAGUGGAAACUGUACGACCGGUAAACAUCUGGGACGGGAAUGUAAAAAAACGAACUACAAACGGGAACACGAAAUAGCUUUAAACGGAGUGCCAUUUGGGCAUAAAGACUGUACAUCAGCUUUCCAAUGGAAGCGGAUGGUUUCUUGAGAAGACGUCGGAUGACUGCAGAGAGAGCAGGCGGGGACGCCGGGGUUGCUGGAGCCUCAGCCGGCGCAGAGGUCCGAUGGCUCGGGGGAAGGAUCUGGGGAGUGUCGGAGAGCCUCGUUGGGAGUUUGUCUCCCAGGAUCGGAGGCGAGACCGAGAUUAAGACUGUAAUUCAGUUCAGUGGCGGGGCCCCUGGAGUAACGUUAGCAGAUACUUCGGAACCCGACUAUGAAGGUUUGCCGCAGGGCGCUUCGACCAGCACCCACAUGGUUGCAGGAGCAGUGGCUGGGAUCAUGGAGCAUUGCCUGAUGUUCCCCAUCGACUGUGUCAAGACGCGUAUGCAGAGCCUACAGCCUGAGCCUGCUGCCCGUUACCGGAAUGUGAUGGAUGCUCUUCGGCGAAUCAUAACCACCGAGGGUGUCUGGCGACCAAUGAGAGGGCUGAAUGCCACAGCCGUGGGGGCGGGUCCGGCGCACGCCCUCUACUUCGCCUGCUACGAGAAACUGAAGAAGAGUCUGGGUGACAUCAUCCACCCCGGGGCUAACAGCCAUCUGGCCAACGGUGUGGCGGGGUGUGUGUCCACAUUGCUUCACGACGCAGCCAUGAACCCAUCUGAAGUGGUGAAGCAGCGUUUGCAGAUGUAUAACUCUCCGUACCGAGGCGUGAUGGACUGUGUGCGUGCCGUGUGGCAGAGCGAGGGCGCCGCAGCCUUUUACCGCUCCUACACCACUCAGCUCACCAUGAACGUGCCUUUCCAGGUGCUCCACUUCAUGACCUACGAGUCCCUCCAGGAGCUCCUCAACCCCCACAGAGAGUACAACCCCUCCUCACACAUGGUGUCUGGAGCCCUGGCCGGGGCCAUCGCUGCUGCAGCCACCACCCCUCUGGAUGUGUGCAAGACUCUGCUCAACACCCAGGAGUCCCUGGUGGGGCUCCCCGCUGCAGGCCAGGGUGGAGGUCAGGGGACACACAGACACAUCACAGGCCUGGCCCAUGCCUUCCGGACAGUGUACAGGCUAGGUGGCCUGCCUGGGUUCUUUAAAGGAGUCCAGGCUAGGGUGAUCUAUCAGAUGCCCUCCACAGCCAUCAGCUGGUCUGUCUAUGAGUUCUUCAAGUACGGAAUCACCAAGCACCAGCAUGAGAAGAGGAUAGCGCAGCGGAGAGAGGGAGAGAAGGAAAAAUAAAGAAAAUCCUCUUCAUUCAGCCAUCUCUCUUUGCCAUCUCUUCUGUUUUCUCUCUAUCAACCCCCUUCCUUUGCCCUUCGGAGCAAGCAGGUGUUCAGAGCAAGGAAGAAUUGAGAGGAAGAAUCGAUACGCACAUAAACCAACCAAUACCCUCUUUACCCCGUUUAGACAGCCAAUAAGAAAGUCUUCCAGAUGUGGUUCAACUAAUAACAUCCCUGCUAAACUGUUUGCAAAUGAAAAUGUACAAUUUCCUAUGAAAGUGAAUGUCAUAUAUUGACACUACUUUAUCAACGCACAUAAAUGCUAACCAGAACCAUUGUUGAUUCUGUUUUGCUAGUCUCCAGUGAGUUUUGUGAAAUAUUUUGCUAAUGAGUUUCCAAUCCCUUUCAUACAUAUUGUUGUGAUGAAUUUGACGACCGCUGUCCUAACUGUCCAUGUUAAAGGUAGACUCAGCAAUAUAACUUCAUUCUACACACCUGGGCCAAUUCCUGCUGAUAGAAAUGAACAGAAUUCCCUUAUUGAGGUGCAGAUUAAAAGAGCCAUUAGAUUUUGAUUUGUUUUUUGUUGAUGUGUGUAAGCAGGAAGUGUCCCAGCUUUGUAUGAUGUUAUAUUGCAGAGUACCUGUAAAGUUAAUUAUUGCGUUUAACUGUAUGUGGAUGAGAAUGUUGUUCACUGUAAACCCCACCAGGGGCCACUGUGCUCCUCUCAAUAGAGCUGUAGUAAUAGAGUGAGUGACAGUCUGCCUUUAGGGGGCGUUAGUGUUGCUUUGUAAACCCAGGCAAUAGUUAAAGGGCUUCAGGUAUAAGUUGGCCUUAACCCCAGAUCAAGAAUCAGUUUGUCAUUUCUCAAUUCUUAUCUUAACUGUUUAGGGUAUAAAAUAAUAUCUAAUCCUAGACCAACGGUUAGGAGCAACUUCUAACUUUUCGCUUCAGAACUGGUAGAGACACAAAGGGAGUCCUCUCAAGGUUUGAAAUCAGGAAUUGCUCUCAAAAUGGUUGCAUACUAUAUAUGUGAAUUUAAAUGACACAUUUUUUUUAAAUAGGAUCAGAUUUGAUGUAAAAUGUUGAAAUAGACUUAAUUUAUUUCUGCCAGUAUUUUGUUAAGUACGUUAGCUCUAUUCUGAGGAACUAUUGAGAGUUUUAUUUUUGUAUUGAUUCUGGAACACAAAGAACUAACCUUUAGUUGGCUGACACCACUGUUCUAGAUCCAAAGCGACAUGAUUGACUUCUAGAAAUAAUUGCCAUUUCAUUGGCCAAUAAACUCCAUCCUGUCUUCUGAUUGGUACUGAUGUAAGGAAAUGUUGUUUUCCCAGAUCUCACGUAUUUUUGUUUUGAAUAGAUCAAAUUCUUGGAUGGGAUAACACACUUAAAUUUUCUGUCGGUUUAGAGUCACACCCUUGUUUUACCUAGACUGGCUGCCUGACUGUCCCAGUAUUAACAAGUACACAAAGGUUUAGACAGGACAGGUUGGCUAAAGCAGAGACCAACAGGCAUACACAAAGGAUAUGGAUUCCCAUGCAUUAACAGCCAAAUCCAAACUCCAGAACCAUGUAUACAUAAUGGAAUUUCAUGAGAAUCUCCUAUUGGCAUGGUUUACACACAGUCUUCAUGUUUAGGGACUAUUAUGGAAUGUUGGGUAACGAUUAAUUGUCAUGGAAAUAGCCAUGGUUGUCAUUGUCAUUUUUGUUGAAAGAAGUUUUGAGCUUGUAAUCUUUAAACAUUGGCUAUGACCAUGAAUACAACACACUUGUGUCAAAAAAAUAAAUAAUUUUGACCGCAUGCAUCUUUGUAAAUUUAAGGUUCUCCUCCCGACCAUGCCGUGCUGCUCUUAAAAUUAUGACCAACAUUACCCAUUUCUUGUAAAACUGCUAUUGGGUAACCACUGAACACAAACAUAUAAACGUGUGGUUUCAUGAGCUGAAAUAAAAAAUUCCAGAAAUGUUUCUUUAAAAAA